AUCGCUUUCUCUCCGUGACUUUGUUUGCUUUAAAGCUUACAGAUUUUCACUCUGUCACACCUCUUUGUUCUUGGGUUCUUCCCUGAUUUUGCACGCACCUCCAAUAUCUCACUGUUUUUCCACCUUCUCUGUAACCCUAUGCUAUGGUUUAAAACGAACCUUUUUUCUUUGUGUUCACCUCAUUGCUCGUGAUUGCUUAGCGUGCUCGCUUAAAAUCCCUUUUAUUCUAAACGGUAAAAAUGUACAAUAAUGUUGGGAUGCCACCAGGGGUACCUCAACAUCAUCCUCAACCUCCAACAAGCUUGCAACCUAAUCUGUUCGGGAAUGCAUUUAAUGCUGCUGGUUCAGGACUCAUUCGAGGUGGAUUGGGGGCAUAUGGUGAAAAAAUAUUAGGAUCAAGCUCUGAGUACGUCCAGAGCAAUAUAAGCCGGUAUUUCUCUGAUCCCCAAUACUACUUUCAAGUGAAUGACCACUAUGUUAAGAACAAAUUAAAGGUCGUUUUGUUCCCAUUCCUGCACCGGGGUCAUUGGACUAGAAUCACUGAACCGGUGGGAGGUAGGCUCUCUUAUAAACCACCGAUUUAUGACAUAAAUGCUCCUGACUUGUACAUUCCAUUAAUGGCAUUUGGUACCUAUGUUGUUCUUGCUGGCAUCUCAUUGGGUCUCCGUGGAAAGUUUAGUCCUGAAGCUUUGAACUGGCUAUUUAUCAAGGGAUUGGUUGGUUGGUUUAUGCAAACAGCACUGCUUAAAGUUACUUUGCUUUCAUUGGGAAGUGGGGAAGCACCUUUAUUGGACAUGGUAGCGUAUGCUGGGUAUACAUUUCCUGGCUUGUGUUUGGCUGUUUCCGGAAGAAUGAUAUGGAGUUACUCCUACUACUUUCUAAUGCUAUGGACCUGCUUAUGUAUGGCAGUGUUCUUGGUGAAAACAAUGAAGAGAGUCCUCUUUGCGGAAGUCAGGACUUAUGAUUCAAGCAAACACCACUAUCUCUUGCUCUUCAUUGCUUUGGCUCAGUUCCCAUUGUUUACAUGGCUCGGAAACAUUACUGUCAAUUGGCUAAUAUAGAGUGAUAGCAUUUACACUGUACUUAGAAGCACUUGGUGAUAUAUUUUGGUUGUUAACGUUGGAGAAUAGUAAUACAUGGCCUUUUGCACAAAAAAAAAAAUGUUUGUUUCUA